GCCGGUGGGCCUCAUGGGCUUCUACAUGCUGUUGGCUGCCCACGCUCAGACCUUUUUUAAUACGGCGGAUGUUGUGUCGGCGGUCGAGAAUUUCCCGGCGAGUCGGGGGACUGUUAUUGGGAUCUUGAAGGGCUUUCUGGGACUAAGUGGUGCAAUACUCAUCCAAAUAUAUCGUACAUUUUUCAAUGGCAAAGCGAGCUCUUUCAUCUUAAUGCUCGCCCUGUUGCCCUCAAUCCUUUCUCUUCUGCUCAUGUAUUUUGUGCAAGUUUACCAUGACCCAAACAGAAGCGAUGACAAGAGACACUUAAAUUCUUUCUCUAUCAUCUCCGUGAUUACUGCUGCGUAUCUUAUGCUUGUCAUAAUUGGAGAAAAUAUCUUCACAAUGGGAUUAUCAGGCCGAAUUUUCUCAUUCACACUGCUUCUGAUACUUCUCAUAUCACCAUUAACUAUUGUUACUAGAACCCAGCCAAGUGAAUCAUCCAAAAUCUUAUUUGAUGAAAGAAAAUCACUGAUAGAAGAAGAAACAUUAUCUAAAGAUCAAGAAAUUCAAGUUCCAUCCCCAAAAGGAGAAAGCUUGAACCUAUUGCAAUCCAUGAAAACUCUCGAUUUCUGGCUACUAUUUAUAGCAAUGUCAUGUGGCAUGGGUUCAGGAUUAGCCACAGUCAACAACAUGAGCCAAAUUGGAAGUUCACUUGGUUAUUCUACCAUGGCCACAAGUACAUUGGUAUCUCUAUGGAGCAUAUGGAAUUUUUUAGGGCGAUUCGGGAGUGGCUACAUCUCUGAUUACAUGCUUCAUACUCGAGGCUGGGCUAGACCUUUGUUCAUUGCCCUAACCCUAGGAACCAUGAGUAUAGGUCAUUUGGUUAUCUCUUCGGCGCUUCCUGGUUCGUUGCACAUAGGUUCGGUGCUCGUUGGUGUGUGCUAUGGUUCUCAAUGGGCAUUGAUGCCGAGCAUUACUUCAGAAUUGUUUGGAUUGGUGCAUUUUGGGACUAUUUUUAAUAGCAUUGCUAUUGCGAGCCCUGUGGGUUCUUAUAUAUUCUCUGUGAGAGUGGUGGGUUAUAUAUAUGAUAGAGAAGCUUCAGAGAGUGGGAUGUGCAUUGGAAGAAGUUGCUUUAUGCUGUCGUUUUUGAUAAUGGCGAGUGUUACUCUUGGUGGGAGUUUUAUUUCCUUUGCAUUAUUCUUGAGGACGAGAAGAUUUUACAAGGAGGUUGUUUGUGCACAGAUACAAGCUUCCACUGCGCUUUGAGAGGUGAGUUCUUUGUUCCUGUU